AUGAAUUGGCGGACGGGCUACCUUAGCCUGGGGGCCGUGUGGCCGUGUGGCCGCGGCCGUGUGGUGUGGUGGUGUGGGAAAAGGUGGAGCAAAAGCCUGUGA